AUGGAUCAUCAUUUGGAAGAAGGGUCGUCGCCGUCAUCGGAAGGGUGGAUGAUGUACGUGAACGAGGGAUGCCGGACGCCUGACCGGGCCGAGGAUCGUAUCCCGGAGCAGGGACGCCUGUGCCCACCGCCGCCGCCGAGGAAGAAACGAGCGCCGUUUAUGCUGGGGAAGAAGAAGAGGCCGACGGUGCCCAAGGAAGGUUACUUCAACCCUCCCGACCUCCACCUUCUCUUCACCAGCCGCCAACCGACCGUCUGCCUCGAUUAG